AUGCGAACAGAUAUGGCUACAACAACUUUAAAUACGGAUACAACGAUAGCCUUGAGUCAAAGCAUGGACUCGGUAAAUGCUGUAGCUGAGGAAGAGGUGCGGACCUUGUUUGUUAGUGGUCUUCCAAUGGAUGCAAAACCCCGUGAACUAUACCUAUUAUUUAGGACAUACGAGGGUUACGAAAAUGCUUUAUUAAAGGUGAUGGGAAAACCUGGCAAAAAUAAUGCAGUAAGUAAUCCUGUCGGAUUUGUUACAUUCAACACAAGGAAAGCUGCAGAAGCAGCGAAAGCUGAUUUACAGGGGGUCCGAUUUGAUCCCGAUCUCCCACAGCUGUUGAGGUUAGAGUUCGCAAAGAGCAACACAAAAGUUACCAAGCCUAAGCAACAGAGUCCACAGCCAGCGGCCACGCACCCCACACUGAUUCACCCCAUCACAGGACAAGAGUUAGGAACAGCUACGUUUUUCCCAAGCGCACCUGAGGCAUGGGCACCGCAUCCUUUGGCGGCCUAUCCUGACUUGACGCAGAGUGCUGCUGCUGCGGCCACUAUCCACCAAACAGCCGCACUUAUCCACCAUCCCGCCCUCGCACAAGUACCGGUACGGCGAGCUUCAGAAUGGUCUACAGUUAGCUAUCAAGAUACAUGGCUUCAGCAGCUGCCUCAGGAAUGGUACCACCAACUUACUCAGAUUCACCACCCUGCCAUGAUGGCCCCCUCUGCUGUGUCGGCCGCCUUGCCACACCCCCCUAUUGCCGCCACGCCUAUCUUAACUAGCCCUAUUAGCACGAUGAGCACCACACCUGCCGCAGCAGCGGCAACGUCGAGCCCAGGGGUGCCGCUGACACCGAACAACACACCAUGCUCCACGCUGUUCGUGGCCAAUCUAGGCCAAUUCUCCUCUGAACAGGAACUAAAGGAUCUGUUUAGCAGUUUCCAGGGUUUCAGCCGGCUAAGAAUGCAUAACAAGGGCGGAUCACCAGUGGCAUUUGUGGAAUUCCAGGAUGUUAGACAAGCUUUGGAGGCCAAGAGCAGACUACAAGGUUUUGUACUGUUAUCGUCAGACCGUGGAGGAAUUCGUAUAGAAUAUGCAAAAAAUAGGAUGGGGGAGGUCGUGGGACAGAACGAGGUUUUAGGUUCUCCCAUUUCUCCAAAUUCUGCCUUCUAA